UAAUAAAAAGAAAGAAAUAGGACUUGACUACGGAGUUGCAUAUUGGCAAUAACCAUGAAGCUGGUGGUGGUAUUAUCCGCCCUCGUAGCGCUGUGCGCUGGAAGCGCUAUUCCCGUUGUGCCAGGGGAUAACAGCCACUACGUCGAGGGUGAGAGCCGCUACAUCUGGAUGCCUGAUGGCGAAGGAGUGCCCCAUCUAGUGGACCUGCAAGAACCAGUUGAUGAAGAUUUCUUGCGCACCAGAAACGGCGCCAACAAUCAAUACUGGCUGUACACCAGACGGAAUCCCACCAACCCGCAAGUGAUUGUCAAUGGCAAUGCUAACACCAUUUGGUCUUCCAACUACGCGGCGAGCCGCCCGCUGAAGGUUAUCGUCCACGGCUGGAACAGUGAUGGAAACAGCGCCAUCAAUCCCACAAUCCGAGAUGCCUUCUUGGCCGUUUCCGAUUGCAACGUCAUCGUUGUGGACUGGCGUGCUCUGGCCAACGGUCUCUACGCCACCGCCGCCUCUGGCGUUCCCGGUGUUGGACAACACCUUGGAAAUUUCCUGGUGUGGCUGAUCAAUACCGCUGGAGGAAACUGGAACAAUGUCCACUUGGUCGGAUUCAGUUUGGGAGCUCACGUCGUCGCUAACGCUGGUCGCCAAGCGGGCGGGCGGCCUGUCCGAGUUACUGGUCUUGACCCUGCUGGUCCUCUGUGGAGUGGAAACGGUAACGCCAUAAGCGGCAACGCUGGCACCUACGUCGAAUGUAUCCACACUGACGGCGGUCUCCUCGGCAUCUUCAAUCCUAGCGGCAACGCUGACUUCUACCCCAACGGUGGCAGGAACCCUCAGCCCGGCUGCUCACUCAGCACUUGCUCCCACAGCCGUGCCUACGACCUGUUCGCCUCCACUGUUCACAGUAGCCAUCUGAACGGCCGUCUGUGCGGCAACAUCAACCAAGCUCAGAACAACCAGUGUUCGGGAAGCACGUUGCAAAUGGGCAACGGUAAUCUUUCGAAACGAGGAAAUGGACUAUACGGAUUGUCGACCGGCGCCAAUUGGCCAUUCUGAGGAUCUUGAUUUACAUAUUAAAUAAUAAAUAUUUUUUCAAUAA